UCUUCUAUACACAAAAAUGGCCAAGAAGAGUAUGUUAUUCGUCCAGGAAUCGUUUUUGCAGUUUGCAUAGACUAACUUACCCUCCCAGUUUCCAAACACAGUAGAGCCGCCCGUAGAGGUGACGUUGCCCAGAUUGAUUUGGAGCCUGAAGCUCAGUCUUUGUCUGAAUUACCGCGCUCCGAAAAGACCAAUGUGGCUAACAGUAUCAUCAGAAAUACCAUCACCAAAAACGAAGACUUGUUGUCUGCCAAGUUGGCGAAGAAGAACUAUGAAAGCGGUGCCGGUAUUUCUAAAAAGUCCAAGAACCCAAAAGCCAACCAUUCGUACAUGAAGCAGAAACAGACUAAGUUCAUGAAGCUCGAGGGCAGAUUGAGUACCAAGAUUGAGCAAAGUAUUGAAAGAUCCAGAAGCGUACAGACCACCAGAAAGUCCGGAUGGGACUCUAUCAACAAGUCCAUCAAGACUGAAAACUUCUACUUGGCGAACUUGUUCAGAGAGGACGGCGACCUUGUGGAUGAAGAUUCUGAGGACGAGAAGGUUACCGAAAAAAUGGAGGAAGACAAGUACGUCGCUGAGUUCUUUGGUACCGGUGCCGAGCCAGUGGAAAAACUGGAGAAGUAUGCCGCUCCAAGGAAUGCCUUUGCCUUGCUUGAAGAAACCGAAUGUUAGGUAUGUCUAGGCAUGUCGACAUUUAUUUGUAUAUUAGCAUUUGUCAGAUACCUACCGUCAUAAAUUUGUGGGUUUGAACGGAAUAUCAAUUCAUGUAUAUUAGUACUAAAACUAAUAACAUUAGAGUGCUGGCUUCUGGAUCAGGUCUUUGUUGAAAGCGUCUGCAAUCACUCAAUGUCUCUUACACAAUAUAUAGCCAUAAAAUUGUGCCGUCUUCCGGA